AUGACGUCGUUAAAGAACAGGAUUGCCGCAGUUCUCUUCUUUGGCAACCCUGAGGAGGCGCUAACUGCCGAGAAGGUGCGCAAUGCCGAGGCCAUGACCAAGGCAACAGAGGUACGCCUGGAGCACAACCAAGAUGAAAAGGAGUUCAAGGAAAAGGUCCUGCAGCUGGACAAGCGUAUCAAGGCGCAGCGGGAGCGCUACGCUCGGCAGGCGGCCCCGCUGCUGAAGGAAUUCGACGAUAUCGCGAUAUCGCAGCACUACUAUCAGGAGGUGGGAAACAGUGUGACAGCGCAGGAGGCGUUUGUGGGUCAAAUGGCGCAGCGGGAGACGCAGCAGUUCGGUUACGUGAGCAAGAAGCUCAUCUCCGUCAGCCUCAACUUGGAGGCUCUCCGCCAGCAGAUGCUCUCCGGGCAGCCGUUUAUGCGAGAACUGAAGGCUGCUCUUGAUGAUGCGGAGAGUGAGGAUCUGAACGUUAUCUCAGAGCCACUCCGUGCAUUUGCCGACCGCGGCAUCCCUAAGCCGACGCUUGUGCGCGCCGCCGCUUUUGAUCUCGCCCGCUCUAUCGAAGAAACCGGUAAGUCACCAGUGCCGCAGCCGGUGCUGGGGUGGCUGGACCUUUUCAAAUUCCGCAGCGCCUUUAGUCCCUCAACGGUGGGACAAAACGAAGUCCGCGCCCGCCGCACCGCGGAGCUGUUCACGCGCUACGUUGAGCAGAACCAGUACGCGAGUGCGCUGGCCCUGGCGGAAGAGGUGGACACAUGGACGCGCAAUGAGCGCGACUCGUCAGUGGAGUACUUUAACAACUCCUACAAGAGCUUCCGACAGGCAACUCUGCCAACUAUCACAGCUGAGAUCUUUUUUGCCUACACCACCGCCUUCCUCAACGCUUCACGAAUCGCAUGUGUGGAACAGAUGCUGCAGGAGUGA